AUGGAAGGCAGAGAUUGGAGAAAUAAUAUAAUAAGUCAACUUCAGACACGUAAUAAGCGUGAAACAACUGCGUUUCAAGAUAUCAUAGCUUUUCAAAGCCGCCUGUUUGACAAUGUUAGUACUUUGAGAAAUGAAAACUUGCAGCUAACUUUAUUAAAUGAGAGAAUUAGAUUCUCUAAUACAGAAAGUGUAUUAAAUAGUGGAGGUGGUGUUACCAAUGAACGAAUACAAGCUCUAGAACAAAAAAUUUUAUCUCAACAAGAAGAACUUACGUCUAUGCACCGUAGGAGAAGUGAAAAUGCACAACAGAUAAUCAAUUUAAAUUCACGAGUCCAUGAUUUAGAAAAAAACUUACAGUCUAAGGAUAUUAUAAUUUCAGAAAAUACUGCAUUAAUAGCAUCACUACGAGCUGAAAUACAAAUGUAUGAUAGGAAUAUGAAUGAAUUACAAGGACUUAAUCAAAUGUUGAGAGAUGAACACCAAGCAUUACAAAUUGCAUUUGCAGCUAUUGAAGACAAAUUAAGAAAGUCACAGGAUGAAAAUCGAUCACUCGUUGAAAGACUUAUUAAGUACAAAGCUAAAGAUGCGGAUAAAAUGAAUGAAGAAAACGAACACUUCAUAAAGUCAAGCAACCCUACUGCGUUUUUCAUCAACACGUUUGGUAGAGUUAGUUUCGGGAAAAAAAGUGACAAAGUCCGAAAAGAGCUGGAAGAAGCGGCUAGAGAAGGCGGUAGCAGAAAUAGUGGUGGUUCUGGAAGCAGUUCAGAUGACAAAAUUAUAGACUCAAUGCCGUACUACACGACAUCUUUGCCAACGAAAGUGGCGUUAAGAUUUGAUGCUCAUGACGGUGAGGUCAAUGCCGUUAAAUGGAGUCCAACGGAUCGAUUAGUGGCCACGGGAGGGGCAGAUCGAAAAGUUAAAUUAUGGGACGUAUCGAAACUGGGAACAAUAGAAAGCAAAGGGACGCUCGUUGGAUCCAACGCGGGCGUGAUGUCAGUGGAUUUCGACUCGACGGGCGCAUACAUAGUGGGCGCGUCUAAUGACUUCGCGAGCCGCGUUUGGACCGUUGGUGACCAACGAUUAAGGACG